CUCUCUGAAAUUAAUAAAGAUAUAUUUUUAAAAAAAGAAUGAUUAACCUACAAUACAUGUCUGUGUAACCUUUGUUGUGAAAAGUAUGUCCUGUAUAUAAACUACUUGGUCAUAUUUUUUCCAGAAUCAUCUACCCUUCGGUACAGACAAAAGAGCAAGUAGCAAUUGGGCAGGAAAAGAAUGGCAUUGAAACAGAUUUCCAGCAACAAGUGCUUCGGGGGAUUGCAGAAAGUUUUUGAACAUGACAGUGUUGAACUGAACUGCAAAAUGAAAUUUGCUAUCUACUUACCACCAAAGUCAGAAACUGGAAAAUGCCCUGCACUAUAUUGGCUGUCUGGUUUAACUUGCACCGAACAGAAUUUUAUAUCAAAAUCUGGUUAUCAUCAGGCUGCUUCAGAACAUGGCCUUGUUGUCAUUGCUCCAGAUACCAGCCCUCGUGGCUGCAAUAUUAAAGGAGAAGAUGAAAGCUGGGACUUUGGUACUGGUGCUGGAUUUUAUGUGGAUGCCACUGAAGAUCGUUGGAAAACUAACUACAGAAUGUACUCUUAUGUAACGGAGGAGCUUCCCCAACUCAUAAAUGCCAAUUUUCCAGUGGACCCCCAAAGGAUGUCUAUUUUUGGCCACUCCAUGGGAGGCCAUGGAGCUCUGAUAUGUGCUUUAAAGAAUCCUGGAAAAUACAAAUCUGUGUCAGCAUUUGCUCCGAUUUGCAAUCCAGUGCUUUGUCCUUGGGGCAAAAAAGCCUUUAGUGGAUAUUUGGGAACAGAUCAAAGUAAAUGGAAGGCUUACGACGCUACCCAUCUUGUGAAGUCCUAUCCAGGUUCUCAGCUAGACAUACUAAUUGAUCAAGGAAAAGAUGACCAGUUUCUUUCAGAUGGACAGUUACUACCUGAUAACUUCAUAGCUGCCUGUACAGAAAAGAAAAUCCCUGUUGUUUUUAGAUUGCAAGAGGGUUAUGAUCAUAGCUACUACUUCAUUGCUACAUUUAUUACUGAUCACAUCAGACAUCAUGCAAAAUACCUGAAUGCUUGAAAAACUUCAGAUAAGAGAAUCUCUUCAGGAUUAUAAAAAUUGUAAUAAGCAGAAUUGCAGGGGGAAAAGAUUUCAAAACAUUGUAUUUCAUAAUGCUAAAAACGCUUCAUUCUGUAAUUGAAUCACCUUCUGAAUAAAUAUAUGAAAUCUUCUGAUUUUAAAAA